CUCGACAUGUGUCGCAAUUAAUGUUAUUAUUACGAUUACUAUUAUUGUUAUUAUUAUUAAUGCUAUUAUUAUUAUUCUUAUUAAUGCUAUUAUUAUUGUUAUUGUUCAAGAGGAAAGAUUAAAACUUUCACACUUGGCUUCGACCAGACAUUUACAGUGAAGCAACAGUUGAGAUUGUUUCGUCUACCUUCAAGGCUUGGCAGAAACCAUUUACAAUAAGAACAACCUGCUUCUCCCUAAAACUACUUCAAUCUUCAAAAACUAAAACCACUUCAAUCUUCUGAUCAUCCAGUCCUGCUCCAACACUCAACAGAAUGCCUGGUGUUAUCAAAUCGUUGAUAAUGAUUAUGUUAAUGCAUCUCAAUGUGACACAAGUGAAAGUGGAGUCUUCUAAAGCUAAAUCCUACAAGAGAGUGUGCUAUUAUACCAACUGGUCUCAAUAUCGUGCCUCCCCUGCGAAGCUAUUGCCGAAAGACAUUGAUCCUUUCCUUUGUACUCACCUUGUGUUUGCUUUUGCAAAAUUUGAUCACAGCGGCCAUCUUGCACCGACCGGUUGGAAUGACAAUGCGUAUACAAAUCUAUACAAACAGUUCAAUAAACUGAAGAAUAAAAAUCCCGAACUGAAGACAUUGCUAGCCAUAGGUGGCUGGUCUAUGGGCUCGUCCCCAUUUACGGCGAUGGUGAAAACUCAAGCAACCAGACAAAACUUCAUAAACCAUGCUGCCGGUUUUCUUCGAAAACACAACUUUGAUGGUCUUGAUCUCGACUGGGAAUACCCGGCUACUCGAGGUAGCCCUCCCGAAGACAAACAUAGAUUCUCCAAAUUAGUAAAGGAGCUUCGAUAUUCGUUCAGUAAGGAGGCAGUGAAAAGCGGGAAACGUCGUCUGCUCAUAUCUGCUGCUGUCGGCAAUUCUCCUGAAAAAAUUGAUUUAUCCUAUGACGUACCUAUUAUUUCAAAAUACCUGGACUUUAUUAAUCUCAUGACCUAUGAUCUUCAUGGUGGCUGGGAAAAAAUUAUGCAGAUUAAUGCACCUUUAUAUCCGAGGUCAGUGGAUAUUGGAACACCUUCAGAGAAAGUUACUGUGAGUUGGGUUGUUAAAAGAUGGAUUGAACGCGGAGCAUCGCCACAGAAAUUAAUCCUGGGAAUUCCGAUGUACGGACGUGGGUUUACAUUUUGUACCAACCAAAUUACACCAGGUUCCCCAAACUGUGGAAAAUCAAAACCAGGAACUUUCACAAAAGAAAAGGGUAUUCUUGCAUUUUCUGAAAUCAAGCAAUAUCUGGACAAUGGCUGGAAAAGAAAAUGGGAUAAGGAACAGAUGGUUCCCUAUGCCUACAGCAUGCAUGAAAAACAAUGGGUUGGCUACGACGACGAACAAAGCAUCAGAUUAAAGAUCGAUUAUUUAAAACGUUAUCAGCUUGGUGGUGCGAUGACCUGGGCGCUGCCCUUGGACAGUUUUGGUAAUACCAAAGAUAAAACCAGUCGCUUCACUCUUCACAGAGUUAUAAAGAAAUUUCUAGAAGAUACUGACAGCGAAAAUACAAGAACGACAGAAGGAAAAAAGACUUUGAGCUACUCUCUUUGGAAUAAACCGGAACGGACAACAAAAUCAAUUCCUUAUAAAUCAAGUACAGAAAAUGAGGUGCAAAAUAGUUUCUCCAGCGGCGUAUUAUCGUUACUAGAAGAACCUAAUAAAGGCUUUAGAACGACAGACAGAACCAAUCCAACAUGGAAAACAACCAUGGAACCAAACAUUUUUAUUACGGAAUCACCAACGAAAAAUCUGGAACAAAAACGGAAAACAAAGCCAAGUAUAUCGACCACAGACAAUACUUUAUCUUUAACUAAACGAAACAGUCAAGAAACAACAACCUAUAGCUCUACCAUGUUUCCGAAACAAUAUCAAACGCUGCCAGUAACUUUCGGGUCUUCAGAUCACAAUUUGAUAAACGUUCCUGUUUUGGAAGUUGUGUUUCCUGGACGAAAUAAUGGCGGUGAAAGAGAAACAUCAAAGAAAUCUAAAGAAGAAUCUGAGUAUAGCAUUAAGUCUGGAGUCAAUAUUUUCCAAGGAAAUGCAGGCAAAGGUUUGUUCUCUUUGAAGAAGGAACCAUCGCUUCAUUUAAAACAGGGACAAUCUGUAUGGGAUCUUCGUUCCACUUCCAAACCAUCUUCAUCGCCAACGACUCCAGAAUCUGAAAAAAUAUUACCGUGUGAUGAGGAAACUGAGACUUCUACAGAUAAACUCAAACAAGAAGAUUCUUUGACAGAAGUUUUCAAAUGUCCUUCGUUGUUUGGCAUCUACCGUGACGUCAGAGACUGCACCAGCUUUUUCCAAUGUGUCUGGCAGGUUCCAUUCCGUUAUAAGUGUUCCCCUGGUACAGCAUGGAACGACAGAAUACAAUCUUGUGAUUGGCCAGCUAAUACCGGAUGUAUUAUGUAGCAAAGAACGUGGAAACAAAACGAGACACCCAUUCUGAAUGCAACACCAAAGAUGGCUAAAUUAACACAAUCAACACCACCAACCACCGCCGCCGCCGCCGCCACCACCACCACCACCAAAACCACCAACACCACCACCACUAACAACAAUAACAACGAUAACAAGGUCAACAAUAAUAGCAAAUAUAAUUCAGCAAUAAAUAAGACAGCUUCUACACGGUCUCUCGACCUGCUAGAAAUAGCAGCCAAAUCUCACUUCACGUUCCAGUUAUGAAAAAUAGAAGGGCACUUCAGAUAAUGUGUUCCCAGAUAUUAAAAGAAGAACAAUAUUGGUAUGAUUGGACUGAUUUUGACUAUAAGUCUGUUCGAUCAGAAUUGACCGAAUGUGGGUGGAAAUAACAAGAACAACCAUAAAAAUUAGAGA